GUCAGCAGUGAAACCAGCAAAGAUUGCUGGAAUUUUGGAGAAGUUUGCAGAAACUUCGGAUAAGAAUAAAGCAGAACGAAUAACUUUGAAACAGAAGGGUGUAAACAAGUCUGGCAAAGGGUCGGAAAAUAUCAGUGAAUCAGAAAAGAAAGAGAAAAAAAAGACGAAAAAAGUAAGUCAAAAAAAGGAUAGAGAUUUUAAAAUUCCUGUUGAAUCUGCAAAAUCAUCGGGGAAGAUCAAAGUAAAGAAUCUGAUUCUAAAGGAAAAAGACAAAAGUACAUCUGAAAAAGAGCCAGAGAGUGUUACAGGAACACAAAAAACCGAAGCAAAAGAGAAAAGUGAAAUUAAAAAAGGAAAAAGAAGAGAUCUUUCUGAAGAUCAUUAUGAAUCUGAAAAAGUUAGAAAUAAGAAGAAAGCAGGAAAACACGGAAAUACUUCGAAAAGUACGAGUGAACAAUGUAAAAUAAAGAAGCACAAAAUAAAAAAAGUGAAAGAUCAAAAUAUUCAUCAAGAAAAUAAGAGUUUAAUAAGCGAAGAUGAAAGUAAAAUUAAAAAUGAAAAAUUUAAAUUAGAUAGAGAGGCGGAAAAGUCGAAAGGAAAAAAGGCGAAAAAAUCCAAUUUUGUGAAAGAUGUAAAUGAAGUCUUAAAAUCAGAAAGUGAAAAGGAGAGCAAAAAAACUGAAGGCGAGAGAAAAUUGAGUUCUAGAAGAAAGUCUGGAACAAAACUUCUAAAAGAUCAAGGAAGAGAGGAUAAGCUAUCGGAUAGCAUUAAGAUUACAAAACGAUCCAUUUCGACCUCUACAACAUCAUUAGGCAGCAGUGUGAUUUCAUCAGCUUCACCAUUAACACCGGUAAUGGACAUUUCAAUCUCUCCAGCUACGACAAUUUCUUCUCCGUCAUUAAAAAAGCCUCUUGCAACAGCUACGCCAAUUACAAAAAACGGAAUGCCUUAUGGAGGUAUUGAACCGACCGAUGAGAAAAUCGGUCUGAUUGGUAAAGAAAAAAAAGAACAAGAACGAAUAAUAAUGAUCACAAAACCACCUGAAGAAAAAAUAGAAGUUAGGCGUAAACAAGAUGACGUGAAAAGAAAUGAAGUUCUUGAAAGCAAUAAAAUAUAUGAAGGAGAAAUAGAUAGUUUGGGCAGUUCAACUGGUUCGACCUCAGAAUCGAAAUCAUCAGAAGAAGAGGAGAAUGAAAUCGAGAAGAAAGAAGUGAUAAAUAAGAGUGGCUCAUCUAAUGUAACCUUUUCUGGCUCAUCAAAUGUAACCUUUUCCUCAACAGAUAAUAAUGAUCAAAGUACAAAUUCCAGUUUUGAUGUAGAACAGAAUGAACAAAACGAGUCACAAGAUCAAUCAUAUAUUAAUGGACUUGCACAAAUUCGAAUAAUUCUCGAAAUUUACGGGAUGGAGAAGGAAAAAACAGAAGCAUUUAACAAAUUGUUGGACGAAGACGUAUCAAUGAGUGAGAAAGAAAUUGCUGAAAAUUUGACGAAAGCAGUUUCUGAUUUACCAAUGAAUACAGAACUUCUCCAAAAGGUACUCAAGAAAAUGCGAUACAGUGGUUUACUUAGGAAGAAGGAAUAUGAAAUGCUGCGGAAGAAUUUAGUACCACAAGCAAUAAACGAAAGUGUCACAAUUGCGCUACUUGCACAAAAUCGAUCUGCGUCAUCGAACGGAAAAUGGAUAUGGACAGCUGAAUGGCCAGUUACAUCGACUACAAGUUUUCCGAUAGAUCCGUGCCACUACAGAGGCAUUCGUAAUGUUCCAUCGAACAAAUGGAAUAAAUUGGCCGAUUCACUCCUUCUGAAGCGCAUCCCACUAAAACACGGCGUUCGGCCCACCAUAGUUCUUAGAUCAUCAUAGACAAUGUUUCCGGCAUAUGAUGUGAAUUCUCCUCCACGUAAUAUUUCCCUACCCGAUGAAGACAACGAUUUCAGUGGUCGUUUCGGUUCUUUCGCUUCGAGAUCAAAGAAAAAAAAUGAAAAUAAGAAGCAACGGAAAAACGAACGCCAGGAAAGAAAAACAAAAGAAAAAGCGAAACGAAGAAAAGAAUUUGAACGGAAAAAGAUGCUGUCGCAGCAUUCUAUCAAAAUGGUCGGGAUCAAUUCGGAUGGAAGUGAUAUCGAAAUACCUGUGGACAUUGUACCUGUUGUAAGUACGAAACAAAAAAGAAAGUCAAAAAAAUCAUCAAAAAAAAAGAAAAAGAGACGCAGACGAUCCACUUCUUCAUCAUCUUCGUCUUCUAAAUCGGAUUCAUCCAGAGACAGCAUCAGUUCGAGUUCAAGCAAGAAUAAUUAUAAUACGCGACCUUCAGUUCCUCAAAUACUCAGUGCAAACCAGCGGUGGAGCUUUAUGAUGGAGUUCGAUCCAUCUAAUGCGAGAUCGUUCAUGAUGAUGGAUUUAAAAGGAGAUCGUUCUAAUGCACAUUAUGAAUCUCUAUAUAAGCGCGAAGUAGCACAAUACAGAUUCGCAUUGAAAAAAGUUCUUGGUGGUGACGAAACUCUCGAAAGAUUUCAUUUCGGUACUUCUGAAAAGAAAGAUAGUUUUCAAAGGUACUUUAGCGACAAGAUCAGAAAGGUCUGGAAACAAGAACCAGAGCGAUUGUGGAGAAAAAAAGAAUUAAAGCCUUUCACAGACUAUAUUGAGCUGUCUAGGUUUGCUCUGUCGGAGGAUGACUUGAAGGAUGAGAGUGGAAAUUUGAGUGUAGAAAAGUGUAACGCAGUUCAAGGCGGAAGAUCCCUAAUCGAAGCAACCGCAGAAGUAAAAAGUCGAAAGUAUAAUGCAGAAUUAGGAAAAGAUCGAUACAAUAUUGGAUUGUGGCUGAAAUUCCUGGCAGUUCAGGAUGAAGUAUUUUUGGCUCAGGACAGUCCGGAAAGUAAUAGGAAGACAAGGAACGAGCGGCUUACGAAUCGUGAGCUCUUGGAACGGAAAAUGAGCAUUUUGGAUAAAGCGAUUUCAUUUAAUUUCAAUUGUGUGAGACUCAAAUUGGAACGUCUAAAAAUUGGAAUGCAUCUAUGGGAAGAGAAUGUUUUCAGUCGCGAAAUGAGAGAUGUGGAGUUCAAACAUGUCAACGAUCCAGAAAUGUGGGAAGGCAUACUUGAUCUUUUAGAGAGCGACACGAGACGAUUUAGUCUUACUAAUCAGUGUAUAAAGAUGAAAGUAUGUUUGGAAAAACUUGAUGAAAUACGUAGUGGUAAAUUAUUGUCACACAGAGCAUUGCCAAACACAGAACAGUUCAUGGCAUCGGUGAUCCUUCGUAGAAUACGUCUUCUGUUGAAAUGUGGACAUACUGAAAAGGCAAUUGCGACGGCUCAAGCUGUUUGUGAGUUUAACUUAUGUGUUCCGGAAUCAUUCAAAAAUGCGGACUUGGAAGAUAAACGAAAACUUUUCGAAGCUUUUUGGGAUAGUGGAAUUGCACGUAUCGGAGAUGAUGGCGCAGAAGGAUGGGCAAGAUCAAUGAAACGCGUAAAGGAAGGAACAGUAGAAACAGAUCGGUUGUUGUGCGAAGAGGAACAGUUGGAAUAUGAUAAAAAAGAGGCGGAAUUAUGUAACAGAGUUGGCUCAAAUGGCUUGAAGUUACCUAAUCGUUUGGUUUGGAUAGAAAUAGAACGUUUGCGCACGCAAUAUCAAUGGCGACCUAUUAGAGAUUUAGGCGCGACAUUCGAUGAUAGGGAACGAGUCGUGACGUUUCAAGAUAUUGAGGAUGUGUUGUAUAUAUUUAGUCCAUCUAUUGCUUUCGAUCUUUUCUGCAGCAUUAUGGAAGAAUUUGGAGCGGUGAUAUAUGCUCGGGACUCAACUUUAUCAGCGAACAUUAUGCAUGAGUUUGCCAUUUUUCCUGAUCUUUCUCUACGGUUGAAAAAUUUUGCUAAAUCAUUAAGCAGGUUUUUCGAACUGGCUUCCAAUUAUAUACAAAAAGAACGGGAUUUACUGUUAUCAUCACAGCUUCUCACACAUCUUAAUUAUCUUAAAAUGGAUGGUGAGUUGAACGAAAAAAUGCGUUUGAAGAAAUUUCGAGAGGAAGCAAAAAAUGUUUGCCAUAAGAAUGACAAUUUUAACAAUAUCUCACUGAUGGCAACAUAUGCAGAAAAGAUGUAUGAGCUGGGAGAAAUACAAGCAGCAAAAAUUUGCGCCAAUAAAUUCCUCAUAACGAAUAUAUGGAGCGAGAAUGAAGUAGUACGGAUAGUUUCGCUGCUUCGUAUGGCUAUUGUAUGUAUAUCUGCAACUGAUGACGAGACCGAGAAGCAACGUCUCAUUGCUGGUUUUAUAUGUGAAGGAAAACCUGUGGCUGAUACGACAACAGAUGCAAAAAAAAUUGAGAAUCAAGUUAACAUUCGUCUCCAUAAUCUUUUGAAAACUAAUCGCUUGAAAGAAACAUGGGAAGGUUCUGCAGUUGAUCUCACAGCAUCAUUGGCUCUUUUUUUUGCAUAUUAUUAUGCUGAUAACAGUAAAAGGGCACAUAAUUUAAAGAAAUGUUACACAGCCCUGUCUGACAUCAUGAAGGAUAAUUCACAACGCAGAUUUACGAGAAAAUAUCUGGAACUAUUACGAACGCAUGUUAAGAAUAAUCCAUGUGAGCCUCAACGCUUACUAAUGGAAGCAUCUAUAACGGCUUAUCAAAAAUAUCCGACAGAAAUAUCAUUUCUGAAGACUUAUAUAGACUGCUGUGCUCUAGGAGUGCGUGUUAUACAUUUGAGAAGAUUCCUAGAAAGUGAUGUGGAAGAUUGGCAUGCAAAUUAUUAUCUUGCUUUUGGUUCUGUGUAUCUUGAACUACUCCGACAUAGAAGGCUACUAGAGACGAAUGAUUUCCAAUCGCCCGAAUUGCAUCGUCUUAGAGCAAUUUUGAAGAAGUCAAGUGAGCGUAUCUGCCAUCGUGAUGAUGUUUUUUGGCGUUUAUUAUUGUUCAUCGAGCAUGAACGAAAAGAUACUCUACGUGCACGCGAGGCGUUCUACUUGGCAUAUGCUGAAUGUCCAUGGUCUAAGUCUCUCAUCAUGGACUAUAAAGAUGUUAACGCUGGUGAGCAUGAAAAAUUACUGGAUGCGUUAGUAGAAAAGAAGCUAAGACUCCGGUGUGAGAAUGAGGAAAUUGAUGAAAAUAACAUGGUUGCGAGUUUUGAUUCGAAAUUAAAUAUCUCUGAAGGACAAGGAUUUAUAAGAUCCACAGCUCAGGGAACAUUCAGUCAUCCAUCCAUUGUAUUUUCUCAUGUGAUCUUCCGCUCAGCCGCUGUUUUCUUCUACGUUUUUGCAUAUUUCUUCACAAACUCUUUUAUCAUUCAUUUUUUAGUUAUUCUUACCUUGUUAUCCAUUGAUUUUUGGACCGUGAAAAAUAUAACCGGGCGUCUUCUUGUUGGUCUUCGUUGGUGGAAUUUUGUUGACGCUGAAGGUAACAAUCAUUGGCGAUAUGAAUCAGCAAAGGAUACAUCCUGCUUUGAUGUCUUGGAACGGCGAAUUUUUUGGGGUGCUUUAGUUGCAGCACCAGCUAUGUGGGUAAUAUUAGUUUGCAUUGCUUUCGUAACCCUGAAAUGGGAGUGGAUGGUGAUAGCUAUAAUGGGUCUGCUAAUGAACGGAGCAAAUUUGUAUGGCUAUUUGCGUUGCAGAUGGGGAACUACGAAUGAAUUCACCAAUUAUAUAUCCAAAAUGGCAUUCCUUUCGGUCUUAUCAAAAUCUAAUGAUAAGUUAGCGCAAUCAAACCGGCAAUCAUCACAAAUUGUUUAA